GCCCCCGCUGCUGUCUUCGACCAUGGUGCUGGGCUGCCGGCUGCUGGGCCGCCGGCUGUUGAGCCUCGGGAGCCUCGUCGCGCUGGGAACCGCCGUCGCCCGGCGCGUCCCGGGUCCAGCCCUGCUGGGACUCACCUUCUACCACACAGAGCCAUUGACUGUGGACCUGGACAGCAUGAGGGUAGAGCUAUUGCCCGCCCUGACCGACAACUACAUGUACCUGAUUAUUGAUGAAAACACCAAGGAAGCAGCUGCUGUGGAUCCAGUGCAGCCGCAGAAAGUGAUAGAAGCAGCGAAAAAGCAUGGAGUGAAGCUGACCACAGUGCUCACCACCCACCACCACUGGGACCACGCAGGCGGCAACGAAAAGCUUGUGAAGCUGGUGCCUGGGUUGAAGGUGUAUGGCGGGGAUGAGCGUGUUGGGGCCCUGACCCACAGAGCCACACACCUGUCCACACUGCAGGUGGGGUCCCUCCAUGUCAAGUGUCUGGCGACACCCUGCCACACGUCAGGACACAUCUGCUACUUCGUGAGCAAGCCUGGCACUUCCAAGCCUCCUGCUGUAUUCACAGGCGACACCUUGUUUGUGGCUGGCUGUGGGAAGUUCUUCGAGGGAACAGCUGAUGAGAUGUACAAGGCGCUGCUCGAGAUCCUGGGCCGGCUGCCCCCGGACACAAAAGUGUUCUGUGGCCACGAAUACACCAUCAGCAACCUCAAGUUUGCACACCAUGUGGAGCCCCAAAACACUGCGGUGCAGCAGAAACUGGCGUGGGCCAAGGAGAAGUAUGACCUCGGGGAGCCCACGGUACCAUCCACCAUCGCCGAGGAGUUCACCUACAACCCAUUUAUGCGAGUGAGGGAGAAGACGGUGCAGCAGCACGCGGGCGAGUCGGACCCAGUCACCACCAUGAGGGCCAUCCGCAGGGAGAAGGACCAGUUCAAGGUGCCCCGGGACUGAAGGCCUGGGGCUGCACCCCGGGUGGACACGCUAGCCUGGGACCAAACCUCUGGGGUCCCACGUGAUACCGUGAAGCCCACCCCACCUGUCACCCGCCCUAUCCAAUGUUCCCAAGCACCUUAACUCAACACUGAGUUCUCCUUCCUGCGCCAAUUCUUGUCCCGGGCGCAAGCCGCUCCUCCAAGUCCCUUUUCCAGGUGUGAGAGACUUGGGGGUUCAUGGGGCAGAAGGCUGGGGCCGGAGACACUGAACAGAGGACAAAGCACUUCUACCUGGGUUUCACCACCGGUACCACAUAGGGUUCCCCGAGUCUCGCCAGGAAUGAUCCCGAGUACUUACUGGGUGUGGCCCUCCAAAUAAAAUAACCCCUCCAAAACUAAA